AUGUUGUCUACUUCUGCUCUGGUAGAGAUUGCCAAGCUGACACCUCUUGAGAAGGCCCAGCUUGCCAAAGCUGAGGGUAACAAAUGCUUCAAGAACAGAGACUACAAGGAGGCAUUAAAGCACUAUUCAGAAGCCAUUGAACUUUGUCCAAAGGAUGCCACAAUGGACCUGGCCACCUUCUACCAAAACAGAGCUGCCACUCAUGAAUAUUUGGGAGACAACAAAGCUGCCAGAGAUGAUUGCACAACUGCAUUGGAGUUGAAUCCCAAAUAUGUAAAAGCACUCCAGAGAAGGGCUAAGGUGUGUGAAACUAUGGAAGACCUACAGCAAGCUUUGGAGGAUGUUACUGCAGUUUGUAUUCUGGAGUGUUUCAGCAACGUCUCUGCCUUGCAAGCUGCUGAUAGAAUACUGAAGCAACUAGGGAAAAUGCGUGCCAAGGAGACAUGGGAAAAAAAGGAUUGUGUCUUCCCAUCUAAAUGUUUCAUUCGUACUCUGUUGGCCUCCUUCAAAGAUGACCCAGUGAUGCAAGAUGUUCUACAACAGGGGAAGGCCAAUGGGUACCCAGAGGAACCUCUCAUUGGAAUGGCCAAAGCAAAGGAAGCAUUGAGGAAUGAGGAUUAUGAAUUAGUCUUGGAUGCCUGUGAAGAGGAGUUGGCUGGAGAUGUAGCUAGUCCUCAUCAUGCAGAGGCCUUGUGCUUGAGAGGCACCUUUCAUUACCUGAGGAGUGAUUUGUCAAAAGCUGUGUCCGAUUAUUCUGCUGUUGUCAGCAUGGAGGAUGCCCCAGUCAAGGUGCGUGCAAAUGCAAUAAUCAGGCGAGCCUUGGUCAAGCUGCAACUAGACGACUUUGAUGGCUGCAAGGACGACUUCGAAGAAGCUAUUAGGAUCAAUCCCAGCAGUGCUGAUGCUCACUAUCAGCGAGGACAAGUAUUUUUCCUGCUAGAGAAAUAUGAGGAAGCCUUGGAAGACUUCAAGAAAGCUGUGGCUCUGGCAGAAGAUGACUUUCCAGUUGCAGAGGCCCAACAACUUUAUACUGAGUAUAAGAUUUCCUCAAAUGCAGACAAGAAUCAAGUCAACAGCAUCAUCAAGAGAUUCCAGGAAGUUGAAGAGAGAUACCCAAAAUGUGGGGAGUUAAUGGCACUCCUUGCUCAGAUAUAUGUUGAGCAGAAUGAUUUAAAUAAGGCAAAUGCCUGCUUUGAUAGAGCAAUACAGGCUGAUCCAGAGAAUGCAACACUGCUGGUCCACAAAGGAAUGCUCCAGCUACAAACCCGAAUGGACAUAGUCAAGGCCACUGAAUAUCUCAAACAGGCUAUUGAGGUAGACAACAAGUGUGGAUAUGCUUAUGAAAUGUUGGGAACACUUGAAGUGCAAAAGGGAAAUUUGCCCUAUUCAGUGGAGCUCUUUAAUGAAGCUAUUCGCCUUGCAAAGACAGAGGAUGACAUGGCUCAUCUCUUCUCCCUGAAAGAGGCAGCCAUAGCACAGAAACACCUGUCAGAGAAACUUGGAGUCACACUUCCUUCCUUUCCAGGAAUGUGAAAGUGUCAUAGGAAGUGAAGGAGUCGGUUUUUAUUGUGAUUCAAAUUAGGGUUUGGAGGAGAAGCUUAAAUCAUGAGAUUCCAGUGCAGUGUGUUCUCUUCACCACUGGUGAUCUUGACAACAUUUUUGUCUUUCCACAUUCCCUGUAUGAUCUAAAGGAAAUGAAUGUGGAUCCUGCUGACCAGCAUGGAAAACCUGUUUCUCCUUUUCUCAAGACAGAUGCUUUAUUCAUAUACACAAACAUAUAAUGUGCAUCCUAUGCAGAGGAAGCUGACAGCUAACACAGUCUAGAACUUAGAAUGGGGACUCAAUUCACACCUCAUAUCCUACAAAGUGUCUCUUCCCCAAACACUCUCCAAUGAAAAAGCAGAACACAACUUCCAAAGUCACCAGUGUAUUCAACCAUGCUUCCUGGAAAUGCAAAAACAAAGUGAGG